CCUCCCCCCUCCCUCCUUCAUGCCGCAACGAUAGCGCACACUAUCACCCCUCCCCUCCCUCCUUCAUGCCGCAACGAUAUCGCACACUAUCACCCCUCCCCUUCCUCCUUCAAUGCCGCUACGAUAGCGCAACACUAUCACCCCUCCCCUCCCUCCUUCAAUGCCGCAACGAUAGCGCACACUAUCACCCCUCCCUCCCUCCUUCAUGCCGCAACGAUAGCGCACACUAUCACCCCUCCCCUUCCCUCCUUCAUGGCCGCAAAACGAUAG